AUGUCGACGCGAUGGGCCAUCUUCCAGGUGUCGGUGAACAUGUUCCAAGGGUACCAUCAUGACUUAGAGACCAGAGGCGAUAGCGGCACCGACGUCGCCCAACUGUUUGACAAGGCCAUGGAUUUGUACCGGAGGAACUCGGAUGGGCAUAAGUCGUUCGCGUUGAUGCAUUGCUAUACCAAGCUCAAGAAGAACCACAAAUGGAGGUUGACGCGUGUUUUGUUGUCGAAGGGGAAAGACGCCAUUGAUCUGGAUGCGCCGCUGCCAACAUCGGUAGGGCGCCCUAUCAUCAACAAGGCUGCCAAGGCCGCCUUGGCCGACGCUGCGUCGGCCAAGAAGACGCAGGCGUUGCUCACACAGUUCCUCAUCGAGGUCUCCUCGACCUUACUCUCCCGCGACAAAAAGGCCGAGGAAAGGUGGGCGGCGCUGCUCAAGAGGAUCCGUGUCCAGCGGGGUAAGCACGCCAAAGUCGCUAGAACAAAGUGGUGGAAGCUCAAGGGUGAGGCAUCCCAUGCUUUCAGGGAGAGGGUUAUUAAGGAGGGCCCUUGGGAGGAAGGAGUCGAUGCAAACAUGAUGUGGACGAUGGCGACCUACUUGCGGAAGGUCGAUGUAGAGGAGUUUGGGGUGACUAAGGGAAGUAGAAGGGAAGCUAAGGAUACUUGGUGGUGGAAUGAUGAGGUACAAAAGGUUAUUAGGGAGAAGAAGGACAAUUUCAGAUGCCUAUAUCUGGACAGGAGUGCAGCUAACAUGGAGAAUUACAAGGUGGCGAAGAAGACUGCAAAGCGGGCGGUGAGUGAAGCAAGGGGUCGGGCGUAUGAGGACCUCUACCAACGUUUAAACACGAAGGAAGGCAAAAGGGACAUCUAUAAGAUGACCAAGUUUAGUGGGAGGAAGACGAGGGAUGUCAACGAAGUCAAAUGCAUCAAUGACGGAGAGGAUCAACUUCUUGUAAAGGAUGAGGCGAUCAAGCGUAGAUGGUGGGAGUACUUUGACAACCUUUACAAUCGAGAGUUUGAGAGCUCUACCAUUGAGCUAGACGACUCCUUUGAUGAUACCAGCAUGUGCUUUGUGCGACGUAUCCAGGAGUCUGAGGUUAAGGAGGCGUUAAGGAGGAUGAAAGGAGGCAAGGCGAUGGGUCCUAAUGGUAUCCCCAUCGAGACGUGGAGAGGCCUUGGAGACAUAGCGAUAACUAUCCUAGCUAGAGUCAUCGACGCUCCUGUGCCGAUCCAAAGAUUAGCGAUGACUGAUGAAGUUGUGGCCCGGCUGGAGAUGGAGUAG